AUGGCACGCGUUGGUUGGCUUUACAAUGGCGCUUCUUUACAGUUAUAUCUGUCAAACAAGUACACGCGAUCUACCCUUGACACGACCUCCAUUUAUACAACACGUACGUCCAAGCGAUGCACUUGCUUUAUCCUUGCUGUUCUCUCUUAUGAGUAUAUCACGUCAGCAACAAACAACAAUGCUAUAUGUCUCUUUGGUGCUAUCAAGAUUUAUCUAUCGCUCAAGGCAUUCGUCGUCAAGUAUCACUCUCUUCCUUUGGCGAUUGAUUGGGAAACAGCAGCAGCACAUACUCGAUCGGAUGAAUACCAGGUUAUUUGCAGCAAUAAUGGUAUUGGGAAUACCUAG